AUGAGAGGUCGGUCUGGACGGCCGGACGUGGUGCCUCGACCUCUGACACGCUGCCCAGCCGACAUCGUGUCGCGCCAGCUCGGUUGCUACGCGUCGGCCGACAAAAGGAAACUGACGAAGCAGACGAAAGAGACCAACCAAGUGGACGAAGCAGACGGACAAAAGAAGCGGCAGUGUCGGCUGCCACAACAACGUUGUGCAAGUCGGGCAGAUCAAUACGAUCGGGUGUCGCCCUACCCUACAGCGUCAAGGCGACCGAAAAAGGGUGUGCAGCCGAGGCAGAGACACAUGCAUUUUCGUAGCGCCUACGGUCUUCGUCAUCACGUCAGUUUCACGCAAUGCGUGCGCACAGUUGAGGCUUGA